GUACGGUAAGCUGCAGCCGCAGUCACUCGCUUGUUUAUUCCUGGUCUGUGUCGCACCGCUGAUUCACUGACUUCGCCUGAUUACCUGGAGCCACAGUCGGCGUUUACACCUCGGACUGUAGCGCACAGCUCCUCCGCAUAAAGAGGAUCAUCGGGUGUAAUCGAGAAGAGGCUGCUGGGCCAAGUUCCACUUUGGGAUCAUAAAUAUAUUAAAUUACCUCUCCGAGUGAAUCUAUAAAAGUCUGGGUUCAUGCCGGAUUUCGAGCACUUCAGAUUUUCCUACUCUAGUAUGAAUCCGGUCCUGGAGGAGAGCGGUUUCCUGGCACCGCAGCAGCAACAUCCCCAAAUGCCGAGCCAAACAGAUUCCGCCAUCCCAGACCCGGGCUACUUCCUGGGGGACCACGGCAGGUUCGGGCUUGAUGGGUUGUCCGGGCUGGACCUGGGCGCUCUGCCACCGUCGGGCCUCGCCUACCUGCACCUGAGCAGCCCCUUGCACCGCGUCCCCCCGGCGGCCACGGCUCUGCGCAACGACCUGGGCUCCAACAUCAGCGUGCUGAAGACCCUGAACCUGCGCUUCCGCUGCUUUCUGGCCAAAGUGCACGAGCUGGAGCGCAGGAACAAGGUGCUGGAGAAGCAGCUGCAGCAGGCUUUGGAGGGCAACAGCGGGGGCGAUGGACACCAGAAGCCCCUCACCAAAGACAUAGGAGUCCAGACCGGAUUCAUCGGGCCUAUCCCUGCAAGGCCGGGUUUCAUCCCGCUCCUCAACGCCAACAAUUCUGCCUACCUGCCCGGAGGCCUCCUCUCCCCCACCUUGAACCCCCCUCCUCUGUUUGACAACAAAUACCUGAGCACGGAUUCAAACUCCAACCUCACCACCUCCGGCUUCUCCAUCAGCCCGGCUCUGAGUCCCAUGGACCCAACCAAAACCAUCACCAACAUCAACGAGAAGUACUCCACCCACACUGGGACAAACACCUCCAACGCUCCCCCACCUCCCCCUCCUCCGCCACCUCGCUUCCUCCCCGGGACGAUCUGGUCUUUCAACCACACCCGCCGCUUUGGCACCGGGAGGGAGUCGUGCGUCACGGGGCCCGGGGUCUCCUGGACUCACCCGGACGGCGUUGGAGUCCAGAUCGACACCAUCACGCCGGAGAUCAGGGCUCUGUACAACGUGCUGGCCAAAGUGAAGAGAGAAAGGGAUGAAUAUAAAAGGAGAUGGGAGGAAGAGUACACAGCCAGAAUGGACCUGCAGGAGAAGGUGGCUGAACUCGAGGAGGACCUGCAGGAGAGCGAGGUGUGUCAGGACGAGCUGGCUCUGAGGGUGAAGCGGCUGAAAGAGGAGCUCGUUCUCUUCAAAGGACUCGUCAGCAACAACCUGUCAGAUCUGGACACUAAAAUCCAGGAAAAGGCCAUGAAGGUGGACAUGGAUAUCUGCCGCCGGAUUGACAUCACCGCCCGCCUCUGUGAUGUUGCCCAGCAGAGGAACUGCGAGGACAUGAAUCACAUCUUCCAGCAGGUGCCCACGCCGCCCUCCACUUUGAGCCGCCGGGUCAGAAAACACAGCGGGCAGUCAUUGAAGGGCGGGGAUGGAGACGAGCUCAGCGUGUCGGAGAGCGAGGGAGGUGGGGCCAAAAGCGAGGAUUCGUGCAGCACCUCGGCCAAUCAGAUUAAUGAGCAGAUGCAGAAGAUGCUGAACCAGCUGAGGGAGUGUGAGUUUGAGGAUGACUGUGACAGUCUGGCCUGGGAGGAAACUGAAGAAACUCUUCUGCUGUGGGAAGAUUUUCCAGGAUACACACUGGGAGUGGAACCACAAGGAGAGGUACACACACACACAGGCAUUGACAGGAUUUAACUUGAUUAAAUGCUCCUUGCUUUCUACCCUUGACAGACAACCAAGCGCAGUGUGAUAAUACUGUAUGUAAUACGGGAUAUAAUACAUGUUGUGUAUCUGAUAGUAUUUAGCUUAAAUGAGAAAACAUCUGCACAUUUCAUGCUUUUCCAUAUAAAAGAGUUAAACCUGGAAGUGUUGAAACACUGCAGCAAACGUGUGUGCUGCGGGCAGUCUAUCCUUCAAGCUCGGGUGCUCUACCAGAGGCCUGGAGGUCCUGCUGCAGUAUCUUAGCUGUUCCUAGGAUUGCGCUCUUCUAGACAGAGAUCUCAGAUGUAGUUCCUGGGAUCUGCUGGAGCCACUCACCUAGCUGCACUGCAUUUAGUGCACCAAUUACCACUGGGACCUUCCCCUCCACAUCUUCUCUGAGCCCAUGGUACUUUUCAAGCUUCUCGUGUUCCUUGGUUUUGAUGUUGCUGUCAUUCGCUAUCAGUAUGGCCGUGUAUCUUCUGCUUCUCCACCACCACUGUGUCCGGUUGGUUAGCCACCACCAUUUUGUCCGUCUGUAUCUGUAAGUCCCACAGGAUCUUAGCUCAGUCAUUCUCCACCACCCUGGGGUGUCUCGCAUUUUGACUUCAGUACUUUCAACCCAUACUCAGCACAGAUGUUUCUGUAUACUAUGCCAGCCACUUGGUUAUGGCAUUCCAUAUACGAUGCCUGGUAGCAUCUCCAGUCUCCCUCUCCAUGCUGAUGGUGGUUAGUCUUGGUAGGUAUCGUCUGUAGUGCUGCAUUCACAUCAUCUAGUAGAGCUUCUGAGGGUACUUCAUGUAGUCUUGGUCACCGGCUACUGGAGGAUCCAGCUUUCAAGCUUCACGCACUAAACAAUCCUUCUUCCAUCAGGGACCCAAUCUCGGGUUGUGUUGUAGUCUCUAGCCAUAAAAGCACCUACAGCUCAGUUCUCAUCAGGGUGCCCUGGUUCCUCAACACCUGAUGCCGACCUUGUUGAUCCAUUAUGACUUCAUAGUUAUCUCUCUGCAGUAGGCUUGCUUAGCAUGGGGGGACCCUUACCGGAUACAGAUGCCUCAGGUGGGAAUUAGACUUGUAACUCCUGCUCCCAAGGCAUGUAGUCAUACUACUACUAUGCUAUCCAGCUGUCUGUGUGUGUUAGAAUGUAUUUAAAAAUAAAACAUUUUUUUAUAAAAUAUGAGCAGUAGCAUCCUGAAAAGUUGGAUUAUGGAUUAAAGACACCGCAGCAUCAUGCUGUCUAACAGAAGGUGUUCGGUGUUUCCUGUCAGCAGCAGUGUUAUUUUGUCCCACUUGGAUGACCUGACCUGGUGGACGAGCUGUUUUUAGUCUGCAGCCGCGUCAGAGUCCAUCCUGCUGACCUGUAAGCUGCUUUUAACCAGAUAAACUAAACAAGGUUAAUGACCCGCUUAGUUAGGAAACAAGGAAACUAAACAGACCCGCAGAGCUCAUCCUCACACAUUUAAUUCAAUGAAUCCUCUUUAAUUCAGUGUAUUUAUUAAGUGUGCCUAUGCCAAAAGGCACACUUAUUACUAUUCGUCGGAUUUAUUCUUCUUCUUAUUAUUAUUAUUAUUAUUAUUAUUUUCCUUUUUCCUUUUGUGCGGCUGGGUCUGGACUAGUAUGCUAUGACUUUUGGUGUUUAUGACUUUUAUAGUUUUUUAAAUAUUUAGAUUUUAGUGCAAAUUUUGGCCCAUUUCUAGGCCCAUGAGAAAGAUUCA